AUAGCUCACGUUAUUGCUUCAUAUAGGACGAAGUGGUUUAUCAAGAUAGUUGGUCCAAAUAAGCACAAGGAAGUAGAUCCAGGUACAUUGUUUAUGUCUAUGGAUUCAAGAUGGGACAGCUUUAAUUAUAAGAGUAGUCAUAUGUACGUAAGAAGUGGUCUUACUGGUUUAUGUAGCCUUUGUUCUCUUAAAAGGAACCUCUCGUUUGGCUGAUGAUGGAUUAGACGGUUUGUUAUAUACUGCUUUGGUUUUUCUCUGAUUUUUAAACUAACUUGAGAUGAAUUUUCUCAGUAUUCACAUAACCAAAACAAUUUGCAUCCAUUUCUAGUUUAUAUAUAUAGAAAAGCCUAAACUCUAACAAAAAAUUAUUUAAAUCAGUUCAACUAUUAUACGUAAACUUCAUAUCGUUAUAUAUCAAAACCUUCUAUUGGUAUUUUAUUUUAACUUUUACUUGGGGUCAUGAGAGCAGGGGACAACCAAAUUGCUCGAGAAUUCAAUAGAGAAUUAAAAACGUUUCCACUCAAAAAAUAAUGUGUGAAAUUCCAAAAGACUCUUUUCUGAGUUUUCUACAAUCAAAUAAAAAUUAAUGUCACUUUAUUAUCUUUGUAAGGCACUAUUCAAAAGGGACUAAACGACUCACUUUGAGAAUUUUGACCAAGUCUUAUCCAAUCCAUUAUCCCAGUAAUGCUAGGACUGAGCACAGAUCGGAUAUCCAUAUUUUUUUAAGGUAUUUGUGAUUUGCUUUGUAUGUUACGGAUAUCUAAUUUUUUAAUUUGAUUUGCUUCAGAAAAAUACGGAUAUCUAGAAAAACGGAUAUCCGUAAAAUAAAUAGAUAUUUGCGGAUAUUUACGAAUACUUACGAAUAUCCUAUCCGCUUUGAUCAAUACAAAUACUCUUAAAAAUUCUAUACAUUUUUUUUAAAUUUUUUUUUUCAUGAUAUAUAAAACAAAAAUUAAAAGAAGUAGUGAAACUACUACGUAUUUUGUAAAUUUUAAACUUAGUAAAUAAUUAUAAAACACAAAACUUAAAAAAAGUUUAUAUUUGUCAUAAUUUUGUUCUGUUCUGUUUUAUACAAUACUUUUAUAUAAGUAAUAGAGACAAUGUGUGGAAUAUCCCCAAUUAAGGUCCAAAUUUGUUAAAUGCCCAUAAUUAUGGAUAACCCAAAAAGGAGUAACCUUUUGACACUGUGCGGACGAAAAUGCCUUUAUGCUUUGUCGAAAACAAGUAACUCUAGAUCUAUCAGCUAAAUAUUUACAUAGCAGGUAACAAUCUACAUACCAACUAACAUAUCCGCUAAUAAUUUCAGUAUCAUCUAACAAUCUAUGUAUCAAACAAAUGUAUCGACUAACAAAUCAUAUAUCAGUUAAUGAAACUAUUAACAAUUAAUUAGUUAUCUAUUAAAUAUCUCCAAAUCUAUUUGUAACAGCUAACACUUCAUGUAUCGAUUAAGAAUCCAUUAAAAUCUAAAUAAUAGCAGGUAAGUAAUAAAAUAUCUACUACGUAUAUAUUAUCUAAAAGCUGAUUGUGAUUCGAAAUUGGAAACAUUGAAAUUGGAGUGAGAUAAUAAGAUUAGCAUUAUGGGUGUCAAAAGAAUCAGAAUAAAAAAAUAAAGAUUUGUGUUGAAUUAGAAGAUUAUUUGAAGAAUUUGUACGAGAGAUAAAGAGAUUAGAACACAUAAAAAGGAGAAGAGAGAGAUAGAGAUAAGGGUAUUAUAGUCAUUAAAAUAUUAAAAAGAAACAAGGUUAUAUGGCAAAUUACAUGGGUUUCUGGGUGCAUCUACGCCAAUUACUCUAAGUAAUAAUGUGAAUAGAAUUUUUCAAAUCAUAUAUUAGAAUAAUAAUUAUAUAAACUUAUACAUUUAAAUCUUUAAAUAUAAUCAAAAUAUACAUGUAUUUAUAUAUUGCCGGAUCGGAGCGGAUAUUCGUUGUCCAAAAUUUUAAUAUUUAUGAGUUGCUUCGAUUUUAACAGAUAUUGAUUUUUAGUAUUUGCUUUGCUUCGAAAGUUUAAGGAUAUCCAUAAUUUUCGGAUCGAAUCGAAACGAAUAACAAAUCGAAUCAAAUUUAAUGGAUAAAAUACCCAGCCUAACUAAUGCCAUUUCUCUCAGUGUUACGCUAUUGCGUGUAAACCUAUAUUACAUGGAAACAGAACGGGUACGUGGAAGCGAAAAGCGUAUGGAAGCGCAUAAACGAGAUUUUAAAAAAAAAUUAGGAAACAGAUACAUGUUGGAAGUGUAUCCAUAUAUAUAUAUAUAUAUAUAUAUAUAUAAGAUUUUAAAAAAAAUCUAGACCUAAAUUAUAUGAUUUAAAUUUAUAAUAAAGCAUUUAUUCAUUUAUAAUAGUUUUGAUAUUUUAUAAUUAACUGACAUAAUUUAUUUGAAUAUAUGAUUUAUCUUUAAUAAAAACCUCAAUGCAUAAAGAUAAUUUAUAAUAUUAAUUUUAAUAUUUGUAUAUUUCUAUUCUCUAUAUUCAAUACUAUUACAAUUUGCAUUUUAUAUUAAUUAAAAAUUAUAAUUUUAUAUUUUUAUUGAUAUAAGACAAUGUGUUUUUUUUUAAAGAAUGAAAUUGUAAGCUUUCAACGUAUUUUUAAAGAAAAUAUUUUAGAAACGUUUUGGAAGCGCAUAAAGUUCCACGAGAUUCCGAUUCCGGCGGACGUCCCCACUACCAAGACUUGUUACGUUGCAAGCUUCCGUAUGCAACGUAAGGUGUAAACGUUGAAAACUUUAUUUCUUUGACUUGGUUGGCUCUUAAACAUAUUUGUCUUCAAUCCCCACUACCAAGACUUGUUAUCAGCUGCAAAGUCUUCGCUGGACAAGUAGUAUAUAAUUGACGCAUCGUAAAGACCUUGUGAAAGUUUUCAUGAUGGCCAUGUCAUGUUUACGUUUGCAUUUUCUCUUCGUACUGUGUUGUGUCUUUGCUUCAAGCAUCUUGAUGGUAAAUGCUCUUGUUAUCGGACGUCCUGCUUGUCGUCCCGACCAGAUCCGAGCUCUCGUGCAGUUCAAGAACGAGUUUGAAUCCCGCGGUUGCAACAACAGCGACUACUUUCACGGGGUCAUGUGCGAUAACACGACCGGUGUUGUCACGAAGCUAAAACUCCCAAGUGGCUGCUUAACUGGAAUUCUCAAACCCAACAGUAGCCUUUUCGAUCUGCAUCAUCUUCGUCGCCUCGAUCUGUCUGGCAACAACUUCACGUCUUCUGCACUCCCUUCUGGAUUCAGCAAUCUUAGCAGAUUAGAGGUGCUGUAUCUUUCCUCAAAUGGCUUUAUAGGUCAGGUUCCUUCCUCAUUUAGUAACUUGAGCCAGCUUUCCUAUUUAGACCUUUCCAAUAACGAGCUCACGGGUAGUUUCGAUCUUGUUCGGAAUCUGAGUAAACUCUCCUUUUUAGACCUUUCCUCUAACCACUUUUCUGGAACUCUGAAUCCUAGCAGUAGCCUAUUCGAGUUUCAUAACCUUAUUUACCUUAAUCUCGCUGACAACAACUUAGUUUCCUCUUCAAUUCCUUCUGAAUUUGGUAAUCUCAACAGAUUGGAGUUCUUGUCUCUUUCCAACAAUGGCCUCCAUGGUCAACUUCCUUCCUCUUUUGGUAACCUAAGUCGGCUAAAGUUGCUGAACCUUCAACAUAGCGAGCUCACUGGUACCCUAGAGCCUAUCUCAAAGCUCAUCAACCUUCAGCAGCUUGACCUUUCUUUCCUAAAUUACAUAAACUACCCAAUUGACUUAAACCUUUUCUCCUCUCUCCGUUCUUUACUACUCCUUGAUCUUUCCGGUAAUAGUGUAUCACCAACUAGUUCCAGUUUAAAUUCAGACCUCCCAUUGAGCUUGGAAGUACUGUUUUUUCCCAGCUGCGGCAUCAGUCAGUUCCCAAGCUUCUUAAAAGGCCUUCACAACUUGGAGCGUAUAGACAUUUCCCACAAUAAAAUCAAGGGGAAGGUUCCUGAGUGGUUUUGGAACCUUCCUCGUUUGAGCAUUGUGAGUCUUGUUAAUAACUCUUUCACAGGGUUUGAAGGUUCCGGGGAUGUUUUACAGAAUUCACCGGUGAAGAUAUUAGAUUUGGCGUUAAACCAUUUCAAAGGACCAUUUCCUAAUCCACCACACUCUCUCACCGUCUUAUCGGCAUGGAACAAUAGUUUCACUGGAAGUAUACCUCUUGCAAUCUGCAACCAAACCAUGCUUGCUCUUCUUGAUCUCUCCUACAACAACUUCACCGGUUCAAUUCCUCCAUGUCUGAGUAAUUUUCAAACCUCUCUCAUUGUUGUGAAUCUCCGGAAGAACAACUUGGAGGGAAGUCUUCCAGACAUGUGUUAUGAUAGUGCCUUGCUUCGGACACUUGAUGUUGGUUUCAAUCAACUAAGUGGGAAGCUUCCGAGGUCUCUUCUGAAUUGCACCUCUCUAAAGUUUCUAAGUGUGGACAACAACAAAAUCAAAGACACAUUUCCUUUCUGGCUCAAGGCUUUGCCUUAUUUGCAAGCUCUUACCCUCCGUUCAAACAGAUUCUACGGUCCUCUAUCUCCUUCUGGUCAAGGUCUUUUCGCGUUUCCCGAGCUGCGCAUACUUGAAGUAUCGUAUAACAACUUUACAGGAAGCUUGCCUCCAAAUUACUUUGUGAACUGGAAAGCAUCAUCACUUCAGAUGAAUGAAGAUGGGGAUUUGUAUAUGGGAGACAACAGCAUUCCUGACUACAACUAUGAAGAUACCAUAGAUCUUCAAUACAAAGGUCUAUUCAUGGAGCAAGGGAAGGUCCUCACUUCAUAUGCCACCAUCGAUUUUUCUGGAAACAGACUUGAAGGACAGAUUCCUGAAUCUAUUGGUCUCUUGAAGACACUGAUUGCACUCAACUUAUCCAACAACGCCUUCACGGGACAUAUUCCUUUGUCUUUGUCAAAUGUUUCAGAGCUUGAGUCACUAGAUCUAUCGGGUAAUCAACUCUCAGGGACUAUUCCUAAAGGACUGGAGAGACUCUCGUAUCUGGCGUACAUAAGUGUUGCUCGUAACCAACUCAAGGGUGAAAUACCACAAGGAACACAGAUCACUGGUCAAGCUAAAUCCUCCUUUGAAGGGAAUUCAGGUCUCUGUGGUCUUCCUCUGGAACAAAGUUGUUUCGGUACUAACGCACCACCAAUACAACAACAGCCAGAGCAAGAAAAAGAAGAAGAGGAAGAAGUAUUGAACUGGAAAGCAGUGGUAAUAGGGUAUGUGACUGGAAUGUUGCUUGGAUUGUCAAUAGCACAAGUCAUUGCUUCAUACAAGCCGGAGUGGCUUGUCAAGAUAACUGGUCCGUAUAAAUGCAGAACCCGCUAGAAUCAUUUUUAGGUUUUGCAACGCAUGUCAAUCCGUUACUGGUCUUGUAAUGGUGCAGUUCCUUGGGAUACUUUUUCUUUGUAUGUUUGCCCAAUGCUUUGUUCUGUUUCCUUUUCCAUAAUAUAUCUAGUUUUUUUUUUGUGUGUGUCAGUAAGAAUCAAAAGCUUACAAGAACUAAAGCAGAGUUGGUCUUUUCAACAUAAAAUUUACACAAACCAAAUUUUACUGUUACAAAAAAAAAACACAAACUCAAAAACCUCAGUACUGUAUUACACUCUGAUCCAAAUUACACCGAGAAUCCUCCACCGCCUGAAACAUCAUCCGGAGGACUAAUUGUGAUCCACAACAGCGAGA